AUGAAGCCAUUUCCUAGGAAAUUUCCCUUUUUUUUCGCCAUUUCCACGCUUUUUCUGAUCCUCCUUAAGUAUGGCUUUGUUAAGGGACUCUACGAAACGAAGGCGUACCCACUCAUUCACCUAAUGACAAACAGGAAUACAUAUGUUGGGUCUAGCAAUUAUAUGAUUAAGAGCAAUUUGAUUAAUAUACUCACCCUUUACAAAGAUGUCAAAAUUGAAGCAGACAAUUCCACCAUAGAUGAUCUACUAGACGUGGAUGAUGAAACAAAAAUUGAAAGGAUCGUGGAGGAAAAAAUGCAGAUCAUCAGUAAGCAUGUGAGUUCACGACAGCUUCUUAAAUAUUCUGGAGUUAUCUACUUGUACGAAAUUGUGCAUGGGAACAAUUUUUAUUUUUUACUGCACUUUAUUUUAAGAAAUAAUAACAAUGGCGUUGUGAUAGUGGUACCGGAGGGGUUGCAUAUAGACAGGGAGGAGUACCUUAAAGUUAACAGUGCAGCUUUCAAAACUAGCAGCACCACCGAUGGUGGAAGUAUUAACCUCAUCAGCGAUGAUCUGCUGGAAAAGCGAAUCCUGUUCAUCCAAAAGUUCCUUCUAAAUUUUAAACUAAAUCAACCGGUCUAUUUCGUAAAAAACAACAAAGAGGUGGAGCGCAUUUACCAAAACUACAAGGGAAAGUUUGGCUUUUUCGACUUAACGAGAAAUGUGAGCAUCAUGCCACUGUCGAAAAAUCAAUACAGAAACAAAAUCAGUGCGAAGAACAUCUUUUAUUUUCUAAGUAAGGAUAAUAUUCACAUAAACUCUGUGUUUAAUAAGAUCAAGAAUAGUGAAACCUUUCUCUUUACUAAAAGGAAAACAAUUGUCAUUGCAGUUGAUUACAACGUAUUUAGCAUUCUAAGUUCGCACCCAUCCCAUAGCACUGCGACAAAUACCCAGAUAAUUGCCAUGACAGAGUUAAUAAAAUUAUUUUUCUAUGUUUACAAGAACGAGGACAUCAACUACAACAUUCUAUUCUUAUUCACCAACUACUAUUUUGGCAUUGAUCAUUUUUUCGAUUCGAUGAAUAUCAUAUUUAGGGAAAGCAUCGAAUUCGUUUUAACACUGGAAAGUCUUAAUGAUAUGAAUAUCUUCUUUCACCAAAGUAAGAAGAUACCAUCGGAGCAUGUGAUGCGUUUUUAUAAUAUACUAAAAGGAGUGGUGAUGAAAAAUCUGCAAAAGGAAAUUCAAUUGAGAAAAGAAAAAAUAAAAACCCAUAGCAAACAUCUGCCAAGGUUGCAUGAAUAUUUCGAAUUAAAAAAUAUAGAUAGCAUUACGUUAAGCGCAAAAGAGCUGAACUUAAGCUUUAUUCACAAGACACCCUUGAUAGAGCAGAAGAUAAAACCAAAUGACGUGUUAACCCAUAUCAGAAAUAUAUUCGAGGCGUUGUAUGUCUAUGUAAAAUCGGCCAAGGGGGAAAGCUCAAAUGAUAAGGAUGUGCGCAAUGAUAAUGGUGUGCACAAUGAUAAUGAUGUGCUUAAGUACACCAACCAGAUGAUAGGCACUGAGGAAUUUAUCCACCUAAAUGAAAACCUUAACAAAUUUAUGAAGUUUUUUGUGUACCAAGAGGAGGUGGAGAAGUUCAUUAAUCAUGUGAAGAUGACUGUCGAUCCGUUUAUCACCGACUCGAAUUUUCUCAUUAUGGAUUAUAAAAUCCCACACGAUAAGAAGCAGAAAUAUUUUUAUCAGAAGAGUGCCAUCAUUACCUUUUCUAUGGCCAUUUCUUACAUUUUUCACUAUCUUCAUUUUUUGGUAGUCGCCCUCUUCUUAGCACUUGUCUACAUUUUUGUGAAUUUCCACGUGGUCCCCUCGUUUUACAAAGCGAAGGUUGCGUAG